GUCAAUGCCCACAUGUUAGUCCAGACCCGGCGGCCCCUCUUGCAUCCGUCCCACUGCAUAAAGCUCUCACCACACCAGCCGUUGCGCGAAACAGAAGUACGCACCACCGAUGCCCGCACCACUGUCAGGCAAAGUCGUCGCCGAGCACCACACGCGCGAGAGCUGCUGGAUCAUCGUCCAUGGUCAAGUGUAUGACGUGACGGAGUUUCUCGAUGACCACGCGUAGGAGGGAGCAAGAUCAUACUGAAAUACGCGGGCAAGGACGCGACUAAAGAAUACGAGCCGAUCCACCCGCCCGAUGCCAUCACCACGAACCUGCCUCCCGAGAAACAUCUCGGGCCGGUGGAUGGGAGCACCGUGGAAAUCGUGGAAGUGGAAGUCACGCAGGAGGAGAAGGACCGGCUGCAGAGGAUCGAGCUGCGUCCACCGCUUAGCGAGAUACUGAAUCUGCACGACUUUGAAAACAUCGCGAGGCAGGUGCUGCCCGAGAAGGCAUGGGCGUAUUACUCUUCUGCGGCCGACGACGAGAUCACACACCGGGAGAACCACGCUGCGUAUCACAGGAUAUGGUUCAGGCCGCGGAUCAUGCGGAACGUGACGAACGUCGACUGGUCGACUACGAUCCUGGGGCACAAGAGCAGCAUGCCAGUGUAUAUCUCAGCCACGGCACUGGGCAAACUCGGCCAUCCAGACGGCGAGCUGAAUCUGACCAAGGCGGCGGCCAAGCACGGUGUCAUCCAAAUGAUUCCGACCCUGGCUUCGUGCUCGUUCGAUGAACUCGUCGAUGGCGCCCAACCUGGGCAGGUCCAGUUCUUCCAACUCUACGUGAACAAGGACCGCGAGAUCACGCGGAAACUGGUGCAGCACGCCGAAGCCAGAGGAAUCAAGGGUCUUUUCAUUACCGUCGACGCACCGCAGCUGGGCCGCCGGGAGAAGGACAUGCGCAUGAAAUUCGAAGCAGAAGAUCCGUCUGUUGUAUCGGAAACGAGCGCGGGCGGAGUGGACCGCUCUCAAGGUGCCGCUCGGGCAAUCAGCAGUUUCAUCGACACGGCUCUCCAAUGGGACGACCUCAAAUGGUUCAAGAGCAUCACCAAAAUGCCUCUCAUCCUGAAAGGCGUGCAAUGCUGGGAAGACGCGCUGAUCGCGUACGACCACGGUGUCGCCGGCGUCGUUCUGUCCAACCACGGAGGCCGGCAGCUCGAGUUCGCGCGCUCCGGCAUCGAGGUCCUCGCCGAAGUCGUCACGAACCUCAAAGAGAAGCGGGGGCUCGAGUUCCCGAACGAGAAGUUCCAGCUGUUCGUUGACGGCGGCGUGAGGCGCGCGACGGAUGUCCUGAAGGCUAUCGCGCUGGGUGCAACUGCCGUUGGUGUCGGACGGCCGUUCUUGUAUUCAUACUCGGCGUACGGCGUGGAUGGAGUCGACAAGGCGUUGCAGAUCCUCCACGAUGAGUUCGAGAUGAAUAUGCGUCUGCUGGGAGCCCAGUCGAUCAAGGACAUCGUCCCAGCGAUGGUCGACGCCAGCAAUCUCACUUCGCACAUCGUCGCUGUUCCCGGUGAUAGUUUGUAUAAUAAUAACUACGAGGGAAUGGUUUACGCGAAACUGAAGACGAAGUUGUAAGUGCUCGACUACAGUACCAUCUUCUAGCAUAGAUUCUGUGGAAUUGUGAACGCUUCUGGUUCGCUCAGAUACAGGCAGUGUGAGAGGCGGAUAGUUUACACGUGAUUAGUAGAAUAGCUGAGCUCAUACGGCGAUGGUUUUCACGCUCACGGGGGCUAGUGCGAAUGAUCCACUUGAACAACUCGCGAAACCUCAUCCCAUUGUCCGGAUUCCAACGGUUUCGUGUAAUGGUUGGUAAGCACUGCCGGCGCUGUACAUCGCAACCGAAGAUCAAGCCCAAAGCAUGUCCUGUCUGCUGCGUUGCAGAUUGCUGCGCUCUUGGAUUCAUAUACACUCAGUACGCAUCCGACCGGAUCCCUUGAUUUCCCGUAG